CGCUCCGUUUUUGUCUCACUAUCCUUGAACGGGACCACAGGUCAUUAAAGUGAUGUUUGCGGGGAAAGUUGCAUUACUACCUUACAAAUUACCGCACGGAUUGUUUGGUGAAGUAUAGACUCGGUUCGGCGCGGGUAGACUCGGGGAUUGCAGAUAACUUUGGAAGACGGAGUACAGCCCAUUGCCUCAGAGGGGAGAAUUAUCUAUAAUACUAUAUACCAGCUAUACGAGGUGCGAAACGUACAACUGCUCAGGUGCUUGGGGACUAUUUUACGGACUGGUCAAAGGCUUAUCACCCCCCCUCCCCUCCCCUUCCUCCCCUCUCUCCCUUUGUUCAGCUUGCACAGCAGGAGUGAAAUCCUUCGCAGCUGUUCUUCACGAGUGAAAGCAAUAAACAACACAAAGAUGCUUAGCCAGCUUGGCUGGGAUGCCGUAUCCCUGGGCGGAGUCGCUUGGGGUGUGUUGGCUAUCCUCUCGGGGUUGACCCUCCUCUACACCAUCUACAACCGCUACCUCCACCCCCUCCGACACCUCCCAGGCCCGCUCCUCGCCUCGCUGACCCCCUGGGUCCAGCUCUACCACGGCCUCCGCGGCGACCGCCACCUCUGGCUUCACGCCCUGCACGCCCAGUACGGCAGCCACGUGCGCGUGGCGCCCAACUUCAUCAGCGUCAACACCGCUCAGGGCCUGCACGACAUUUACGGCCACGGGAAGCGCCUCCGCAAGGCCGACUUCUACAACGCCUUCCCGGCCAUUAAGGGCGUGUACAAUACCCACAACGUCAUCGACAAGACGGCGCACGGCCGCAAGCGCCGCGUGCUGAGCCAGGCCUUUGCGGACCAUGCGCUCAAGAGUAUGGAGGAUGUGAUGCUCUUGCACGUCCGGCAGCUCUGUGCGGGGCUGAUGCCGCGGCAGCAGACCUCCUCAAAAGGGGGGUUGUUGCAGGAGAAGCAAGACGUGUUGUCACCGGCGGCGGCGCCGCCGGUAAUAGUGCAGGAUCUAGGUCGGUGGUUUAGCUAUCUCACGUAUGAUGUGAUGGGGGAGUUGUGCUUUGGGAAGAGCUUUGAUAUGUUGAUUGAGAGUAGUCGGCGGCGGUUGGUGGAAUUGGUGGAUCGCGCGGCGAACCGGCAUUAUGUUUGCGGUCUUUGGAUGCCUCUCGAUCGAUGGCACCUGGACCAGAUCUUUAUCCAUCGGUUGACCAACGACCGCUGGAACUUCAUUAUGAACUCCCGCGUCGAGGCCACGAAGCGCGCCCAGGAGCGCACCCAGGCCGGCCACGACGCCAAGCGCGAUUUCUUCUACUAUCUGCUGAAUGCGCGGGACCCGGAAUCCGGACAGGGGCUGACCACGCCGGAGCUCUGGGGCGAGGCCAACGUGCUGAUGAUCGCGGGCAGCGACACGACGUCGACCACCCUCUCGGCCACGGUCUUCUACCUGGUGCGUAACCCGCAUGCGAUGGAGCGGCUGAAGAAAGAGGUCCGCGAGGCGUUCACCUCGGUGGAGGAGAUCGUCUCGGGCAGCCGACUCAACGAGCUGGUCUACCUCAAGGCGUGUCUGGACGAGGCGCUGCGGCUGGCCCCCGCAGUGCCCGGGGCGCCUCCCCGCGAGGUAAUGGAGGGCGGCGCCGUGGUGGACGGGGUGUUCCUCCCGGAGGGGACCGACUGCGGGACGCCGACCUUCUCCAUCCAUCGGCAGGCGGAAUACUACCGUCAGCCGGGAGCGUAUCUGCCGGAGCGCUGGAUCGAGGGUGCGACGUGCCAGACGGGGCUGGAGUCCUGGAAGACGAGCAAGGAUGAGGUCGAGGUUGCGCGGCGGGCGUUCUGCCCGUUCAGCAUCGGCCCGCGCGGGUGCAUCGGGAAAAGCAUGGCGUUCAUGGAGAUGCGACUGACGAUUGCACGAUUGAUCUUUCUGUUUGAUUUCGAGUUGGCCGACCACCGGGGCGAAGACGCCGAGGGUCACUUGGCGUUGGUGGAUCACUUUACCAGUGCCAAAGUCGGACCCAAUGUGUUUGUACGGCUGCGGGGGUAGCAGCUAACUCAGCUGCUGUAAAUGGAUUUACAUAUUAAGUACAUACAAACAUACAUACAGACAUACACAUAUGAUGUUGAGCAA